AUGGGUGCGCUGCGAACCCUUUAUAGAGCAACCGCCCUUGCCCAUAUUGGUCGGUCCGGUUCGCCUGUAGACGCUGUUUUCCAGAUCUUACCGCCCAAGAGUGUGGUGGUCCGCAGUCUAGUGAGCUGUCCAGGCAUCCUUCUUCCAGGCAUCCUCCUUCCAGGUCGUUUUCGUAGGAGGCUGGUUCAGCGCCACCAACACACACACACACACACCCUCCUACCCUGUGCGGUCCCUCCACCACCCCUGUUCCAGGCAACCUCAAACCCUUGAGGAGUGGGGGGAAGAGCAAUGUGCUCCUCCCUCCUCUCCCGCCCGAAGGCCUGGCGUGGCGCUGCGUGGUUCAGGCCGCUUCCGCAUUCCCCGAGUGUGUGCUGCCGAACGAGCUAUCCCCCCUCCCCAAUUUUGCCCCUUUUUUCCCGAAAUUUGACUCGAUCGCGCACGCGUCGCGGAAGCACGUGGUGGACGUUUCUUCCAACUGUCGGUUCUCGACUUUAUGGACGGCCUCUUUUCUUGGGGGUCCUGCGCUGGGGGCUUUUGACCUAAGCCCCUCCUAAAGGUUGGUGAGCCUUCGCUCUUUCCUCGUCGACUGGAGUCAGUCAGUCGUCGUCAGUCAGUCAUUUUAGUAAGUCAUUCGUCUCCUGAGGUUAGCCCCGAGUCCGUGCUUGACUCUGGCCACCUCAAUCGACAGGCUUCUUUUUGUCCACCCGUUGUACACGGGCUGUUCUUUCCCCUCUUGGGUGUACAACUAUUGUCGGUCUUCUCCCCUUUUCUUUGGCCUCAUCAGCUGCUAGGGCCAAAUUUCUUCUUGUUGCAGCUGGCUUUUCGGUCUUUUGUGACGCCUUAUUGUUCUUGGGUCGUAAUCCAAGGCGUCUCUGA